UUUUAUCGUGCCUUCUUUAGUAGGCUUUACUUCUUUUCAGUUUUGUCCUAGGUAAAUCUACACCUAUCACUCAUCGUGGGCGAGUUCAGGAUCUAGGUACUACUAGGUGAGCCUAUCCGAGUGGAAUCGGAACGAGUCGCCACCGCUGCGUGUAGCCUUGUGCGCAAUACUACCAUCUAGGAACGGACAUAGGACAUAGGGUAACACGAACAACAGUCACCAGAAUGUAAACUAAUAAAAAUUAUUAUGAAAUUCUUCAAUGUGCUCGCGUGCGCGGUGCACCAAGGGGAACCUGGCAGCGCAAAGCCGAACAAGACGGAGUCGACCUGCAGCUAGCAUCAGGUGUGCGAGGCAUUACAGUGGUGUGAACUAGUCUAGUCCGUGAUACUCGACAGGGCAGAAACAGUACGGUCACGCUACAAAUGCUAGAUUUUUACAUCUGCGUGUGUGACGGCCGAGAUCCAGGAUUGUGCUGUAUGAGCCGAGUGGGCCAGUUUAUUCGCCGCCUCGAGACUCAGAAUGGACGAUGACAUUGCAGUAACGCACCAUGCCUCAGCUGAUAGCGCAGCGGCUGAUAGCGCACCAGCUCCAGACAAUGUUUUACCAAUGCCGAAGAUGGGCCCAGUAGCCGUGGUCUUGCCAGCAUCCGGAAUAGGAGAGCGAUCCGGAAGGGGAAUCCCCAAACAGUUCGUGAAGGUGCACGACUGUCCACUUGUUUGUCACACCAUCUCAGCCUUUCACAGAAUACCUUAUAUAGAGUGCAUCGUGGUGACGGUCAGACGGGAGUGGAAAGACUUUCUUCUCAAGCGCAUAACACGGUACGGUUUCCACAAGGUGAUGGUGGUGGAGGGAGAUGAGCGAAGUCGCCACUAUUCCAUUCGUAAUGGUGUUGCAACGCUCACUGACCCAGAGCUGAUACACAUGGAGUUUGAAGUGGUGGUGGUUCACGACGCCGUGCGUCCCUUUGUGUGUGAGUCGGUACUAUGUGAAGUGAUUGCAAAGGCUCAGCAUGGUGGUGCUGCUGGCGUUGUGGUGCCCUGUGCUUCCACCAUUGUGCUGAUCAAUGAUGAUAACCUACUGGAGGAAACACUGGUCAGGUCAAAAUGUCGCAAUAGUGAAAUGCCUCAAGCGUUCCGUCUGAGGCAGUUCCACUCCGCAUAUCAACAGGCUAAUGAUGACACUAUGCUACAUGGCACGGAGUGUCUGCAGAUAUAUCGCCAUGGCAACCCAGAAGGCCGCAUCGCCCUGGUAACCGCAGCGCCCGGCUUACACUGGAAGGUGAGGCGCAGUGCGGUGAUGUCAUGCACACAGUCAUAAUAUUACGACUCUCCACCCCUCAAGCUUGACAUGUUGGUUACUGUACAGGCAGAACAUUUCGUCGGUCGAUAAUUCCGUCCAGCUCCAAAGAAAG